GUGGAGGAAGAGAGAAAAUGAUCAGUGCAGAUGAUUUCUACAAGGUCAUGUGUGCAAUGGUUCCAUUGUAUUUUGCAAUGCUGGUUGCAUAUGGGUCAGUGAAAUGGUGCAAGAUAUUCUCGCCGGAGCAGUGCUCCGGCAUUAACCGGUUCGUUGCGGUAUUUGCCGUUCCGGUUCUUUCCUUCCACUUCAUAUCUCAGAACAACCCAUAUGAGAUGGAUACCAAGUUUAUAGUUGCAGACACUCUCUCUAAGUUGCUGGUUCUUGUGUUGCUGUCCGUGUGGGCUAUCUUGUUUAAGGGAGGGUUGGACUGGCUCAUCACUCUCUUCUCUCUCGCCACUUUGCCAAACACUCUGGUCAUGGGCAUCCCUUUGCUCAAUGCCAUGUAUGGAGACUUCACUCAGAGCCUCAUGGUGCAACUGGUUGUUCUUCAGUGCAUUAUCUGGUACACUCUACUGCUCUUCCUGUUUGAAUACAGAGCUGCCACUCUACUGAUCAAGAACCAGUUCCCAGGCUCCACUGCCGCUUCCAUAUCGAAAUUUGAGAUAGACGGAGACGUCAUAUCGCUAGAUGGCCGUGACCCAGUACGCACCGAAUCUGAAAUCGAUGGCAAUGGUCGUAUCCGCGUGCGUAUCAGACGGUCCACAUCUUCCGCUCCGGACUCGGCCUUAUCAUCGUCCAUGGGCAUCACUCCCAGGGCGUCCAAUCUCUCCGGAGCCGAAAUUUUCUCCGUCAACACUCCCGCGCCGCUGCAUGAGUACCACAACGGAAACGCCGAUAUUGCAUUCGGAAAUGGAGAUUUGGGAUUCGGGUAUCGGUCGGCGAGUCCUCGACUAUCCGGGUACGCCUCGUCCGACGCUUAUUCGCUUCAACCGACGCCACGCGCCUCCAAUUUCAAUGAAUUGGACACCACUACAAUAACAACGACGAACACGCCAUUCUGGGUGAGAUCCCCGGUGGCCGGGAAGGUUUACCGGCAACAGUCGCCGGCGUUUUCAGGGGUGAGAAUGGUGUGGGAGUCGCCGGGAAAGUGCAACGGUGGUGGGGGAGAGAGACAAGGGUGCAAAGAUGUCGUCGGAGAAAGAGAGAUUAGUUUCAGGGACAGCUCCAAAUUUCCAGUGGCGGAGGAAGAAGACCCAAAAGCGACAGCGACCGGUCAAGAUAUGCCACGCACCCAUGUGAUGCUGCGGCUCAUACUGACCAUGGUCGGCCGGAAGCUCUCACGUAAUCCCAAUACCUACUCAAGUGUCCUAGGCCUUCUGUGGUCUCUAAUCUCCUUCAAAUGGAAUGUGGGGAUGCCGAGUUUGGUGAAGUAUUCAAUAAAAAUAAUUUCAGAUGCUGGUCUAGGGAUGGCCAUGUUCAGUUUAGGGCUGUUCAUGGCUCUUCAGCCCCGGAUAAUUGCCUGUGGAACAAAGAGGGCAACCAUGGGAAUGGGGAUCCGCUUCAUUUGCGGGCCUAUAUUAAUGUCAGCUGCGUCCAUAGCUGUUGGACUAAGAGGAGUUCGACUUCACGCAGCCAUAGUACAGGCAGCUCUUCCUCAAGGGAUUGUACCAUUUGUCUUCGCUAGAGAAUACGGGUUGCAUCCUGAUAUUCUGAGUACCGGGGUUAUAUUUGGCAUGUUAGUGUCCUUACCAGUAACGCUCCUCUACUACAUAUUAUUAGGCCUAUGAAGAAAAAGGCUGGGGGUUACUUUCAGCAAAGCAUGUGGAGCAUCCAAAGUAUUCCGUGUCAGCACUUGGGCCCUUGAUGUUGGGUUGAGCCAAGGCAUACGCCCAUCUCAUUACCCACUAAAAAUGGUUUCUCUAGGCUUUUCCAAUAUUGAAAAUGCUUUUCUAGGGGCUGACUUGGGGUUUGUAGAAUUUCAAAAGCCGAAAAAUAGGGUUAAAUUAGAAGUUGACAAAAAAGAAUUAGGGUUUUAAGGCCGUGGGAGUUGUUUUGGUGCA